UUUAUAUUAUUGUUAUCAGCGCUAAGAAAAAUUUAUGAUUAAAAAUACUGUAAGUUUACGACUAACCCAAAUCUUGUGUGGGAGGUUUACAAGUUACAGUUAGAAUUACAGAAAUGCUGUUUUAUUUAUUGGCUCUCCAGAGAUUCUAAAAUGCAAAACUAAAAGGGGCCGUUACUAGAAGAAGAUCAUGACGACAGAAGUGAAUCCCAUGUUGGUCAAUGUCUUUAACAGGUGUAAGGGAUUUGUUCUUAAUUUGGGUUUCUGUUCAAAAAUGUAUACCACACGAGGAAGGGCAAGAUGUUUUACCUUGGUAAUGCCUUGUUGGAUAUCUCAGCUGAAUGUGACUCUUCAAUUCUUGAAAAGUACAAGUUAAAAGCAGAUGAUAAUUCUGAAUAUGGACAUGAGCAAGUUGGCCUCUUUGAAGAACUUUGUAAUAAAAGUGUAAUGCUGACACCUGGUGGGUCAGCUCAGAACUCUGCACGCAUUUCUCAGUGGUUAUUACAAGGACUUGGUAGUAAAACAGUGGCCUUCACCGGUUGUAUUGGAAAUGACUCAUAUGGUCGAUUGUUAGAAGAAAAACUUAAGGCUAGUCAAGUAAUUACUGAAUAUCAAUAUCAUCCUUCACUUCCAACAGGAGUCAGUGCAGGAAUUGUUACCAGUGAUGGUAAGCGGACAUUGUGUGCACGACUAGGUGCUGCUGAGCAGUUUAGUCCUGAACACCUGAAAUGUGAGCGUGUUAAACGUGUGUUACAGAAAGCAGAAUAUGUGUAUGUAGAAGGUUUCUUUUUAUCUCACAGUCCAGGUGUAGUAUAUGACUUAGCAAAAAACACUCAUGAGAACAAUAAAAAAUUUGUUUUAAACUUGUCUGCAACCUAUAUAUGUGAAUGUAACUUUUCUGACAUAAUGAAUUGCAUGCCUUAUAUAGACUUGCUAUUUGGGAAUGACUCAGAAGCUAGGGCAUUUGGUCAUCAUUUGAAUUUAACCAUCACUUCUGUGUCAGACAUUGCCAAGCAGAUAGCAUUAUUACCUAAAAUGGACAGUGACAGCCCACGGGUUGUAGUGAUUACUCGAGGUACAGAACCACUGAUUGUUGCACAGUCAUCCAGUUCACAAUGUCUGGAGUAUCCAGUUCCUCGAGUGGCAAAAAUUGGUGAUACAAUAGGUGCAGGAGAUUCUUUUGUAGCAGGGUUUCUAUCAGCUCUUUUGUUUGAUGCUACUUUAGAGGAAGCUGUUAAAUGUGGUCUGUAUGCUGCUAGUGAAAUAGUAAAACAACGUGGUUGCACCUUACCAGAUUCACCUCCAGAUGCCUCUGUUUUUAACUUUGUUUCUAAGCUGUAACUUGUGUUUAACUAAAUAUUGUAAUGCAAACAUAAAACCAGUUCCAAACAUG